AUGGUCAAAAGACGUCCCAAGUCGUCAGUCAUAUGACUUCUUGGGAUGAGACUGUGUUAUUAUAUCAUGAAUAAAAGUAAAGACAAGAAAUUAAGUUCCAGGUCCACCUCAGAAUCUACCCGAGCUUCAUCGUAGCCUAUCAGUUUUUUUAUCAACAAGCAGAUGAAACGACGUGGACAGACAGGAAAAGGUGUGUGAUAUGCCAUACUCUGCGCAUUUCUCAGUUGCUUUGACCUGUAAAGUCUUCAGACGGCAUGCAUGACCUCCUUUUUCUUGUCUUGUCCUGGUUCAUUUCUCCACAAGGUCUGAAUCCCUUUGCAGCGAUGGCGGGAAUAGUUUAUCAGUUUCCCCCGUCAGUGAAAGUGAGAUCGGGGGAGACAGUGACCAUGCACUGCCGACUCAAUGAGGUGCAGUCAUUCUGUCACACAGUGGCCUGGGUCCGAGUAAAUCCAGUGACUGGAAGAUUGGACAUUCUGCAGGAUGCGAAGAUCCCCCCUCAGACUAAAGAUAAGGUGGAAAACCCAGUGUGUCAGGCGUCCAUCUACAACGCAACGGACCAGGAUUCUGGGACAUAUUACUGCAUCGCUACAGACCGUGAGCAUAUGUACCUGGGGAAUGGCACAGCUGUCACUGUAUAUGGUACUGUAUUAGAACAUGGUGGUACUCAAGCUGACAGCGCUGUUAUGCCGUCUGUUGAUAUCGUGGCAUUUGCCAGCAGCAACAACCACUCUACAGUCACUCUUCAGUGUACAGUCGGGGGAUCUGCUCCAUCACAGGUCUUUGUGUACUGGCUCAUAGGUAGUAGAAAAGAAAAUGGACAGACGUUGGUUGUUUGGGAAGAAGGCGAAGACAACUCAGUGAAAACUCAGAAUUAUGUAGCAGUAUCCGCUGAGGAGUGGAGGAUUGAAGGGAGCACCUGUGUGGUGAAGUUUGGUGGAUGGAUGAUCAACACAACUCUUCAUCAUUAUGAUAUUCAGGACACUUGUUAUCCUCUUGUCGGUGUAACUCGAUUUUUUGCACUUGUCACUGCUCUUCUCUUUUUCGUUACCUCAUUAAUAUUAGCAGGACGCUUCUAAACCACAGAAAUUUUGUAUUUGAUUCUAUAACCUGAAAACAUCAAAUAAAUAAAUACAAUUUGUUACAAAUGAAUAUUUUUGCAUAAAGCUUGAAUCAACUUUGCUUAGUUCGCAUAGGUUUUAUUUUACAAACACGACACAACUUUUAGGAUAAUUAUUUGCUUGUUAUGUUUAUGUGAGUACAUUUUAUGCAAAUGUGAGAUGUAAAAUUAGUGAUCCUGCAUGUGAAAGAUUACAUUUGAAUAAAGGCGUACUACAAAUGAUAAUAACAGA